CGUUACCGCUUACGUCAAAGGAACCUCCCACGUGGCAUCUCACUGUAAUUACGAAAAUACCCUUCUCUGUCUCACUAGACACUACGUACAAAUGAACGGCAUGACGAAUUACUUUCUUGACGCACAACAUGGGGAAGCCAACGAAUUCAGAGGGCAAUUACGUCAUUUCAAGGAGACUCGAUAUGCAUGUAUAUAUAUAUAUAUAAGACUAAUUCGCGCCAAACAGACAAAUCAGAAAACGAUUCCGGGAAAAUUCAGCAGCCACUUUCUCGUCUUCCAAACACGUUCCUCUUCUUCGUGAGAUUCUGUUCAUCUCCAGCAAUGCCUGUAUCAAACAAUCACAACAGAUCGGUGAUCCCGAGCUUCCUGUACUCUUCAGAUCCUCCGUCGCAGUCGGAGCCGACAGCAAACAUGCGGCGGAGACCACCGCCGUCAUAUUCAUCGGACGCUCCAAGUUUCGCGAUCCCGGCACCGAAAGAGAGGAUCGAGAUGUACUCUCCGGCGUAUUACGCCGCCUGUACGGUCGGCGGAAUACUCAGCUGCGGCCUCACACAUGCUGCAGUUACGCCCCUGGAUGUCAUCAAAUGCAACAUGCAGAUUGAUCCUUCAAAGUACAAGAACAUACCAUCAGCAUUCAGUACAACACUCAAGGAACAAGGGAUGAAGGGUUUUACCAGAGGAUGGGCUCCGACUCUCCUUGGCUACAGCGCUCAGGGAGCGUUCAAGUAUGGUUUAUACGAGUUCUUCAAGAAAUAUUACUCAGAUAUUGCAGGACCAGAAUACGCAGCCAAGCACAAGACGCUGAUUUAUCUUGCCGGAUCAGCCUCUUCCGAGAUUAUUGCCGAUGUUGCUCUUUGUCCGAUGGAAGCUGUCAAAGUCAGGGUUCAGACCCAACCUGGUUUUGCUCGCGGCUUAUCCGAUGGUUUACCAAAGAUUGUCAGAUCGGAAGGUGCUCUUGGGUUGUACAAAGGGCUUGUUCCUCUCUGGGGACGUCAGAUUCCUUAUACCAUGAUGAAAUUUGCUACUUUUGAAAACACGGUGGAGCUCAUAUACAAGAAUGCCAUAACUACUCCAAAAGAGCAAUGUUCAAAGCCAGUACAGCUCGGGGUUAGCUUUACCGGAGGAUACAUUGCUGGGAUUUUCUGUGCUGUUGUCUCACACCCAGCGGAUAACUUGGUCUCCUUCCUCAACAAUUCCAAAGGAACAACCAUUACAGAUGCAGUAAAGAAGCUAGGGCUAUGGGGUCUGUUUACUCGUGGCCUCCCUCUUCGCAUUCUCAUGGUAGGAACACUCACUGGAGCCCAAUGGGUUAUCUACGAUGCUGUUAAGGUUUUCGCUGGCCUGCCUACUACCGGUGGUAGUGCUCCAGCUCCUGUGCCUGAUCCAGCUGCAAGUGGAUAAAGCUACAAGGGAUUUCCUCAACAACCCACCAAACCAACAUGAUGGAAAAGAAUAUUUUUUUUAAAAAAAAAAUUGAUGUCAAUGAAACAAAACUCAGCUUCCAGACAGCUUAUUGAUCUACAUAUGUAGGUCAUUGUACACAGAUUUUUCUGCCAUCGUACACGGAAUUUUCUUUAGCUUUC